ACUACUCAGACGGGUCUCUUUCGGUUUAUAUCAGAGAACCCAAUGGAGUCUUUUGAAGAACCUGGUCAGGUUAGUAGGGAGAACUUAUUAGAAGUUCCCACUUUAAGCGAUUCUCUCUCAGAAGAUGAAGAUGUUAAAGCUACACUGCAGCCCCGCUUCUCCCCCAGCCCCCGGAGGCGGAAUUCAGAUUCUUCUGAAGAAAUGGAAGCAGAAGCCCCAUCCACCAUUGCAAGAAAAGUUUCAUUUGCUGAUGCAUUUGGUUUUGACCUUGUAUCUGUUAAGGAGUUUGAUACCUGGGAUGUUCCAAUUACAUUACCAAAUGACGACUUAGAAGAUGAAGUUGUGCCUGUGGAGGAAUUCUAUUUAUCUCCACUGUUUAUACUGCCUGCCACACAAGAAGAGCUUUUGCAAAAAGUGCGUGCACAGAAAGUAUGGCUAGAGUCUGUCGAGUUCCUGCCAGGGAUAACAUGUAUGAAGGGCACCAUCCGUGUUCUGAAUGUAUCCUUCGAAAAGCUGGUCUAUGUCCGAAUGUCUUUGGACAACUGGCAGACUUAUUAUGACAUCUUAGGAGAUUAUGUGCCUAAUUCUUGUGAUGGCGAGACUGACCAGUUCUUGUUCAAGAUUUCAUUGGUUCCUCCUUAUCAGAGAGAGGACGCUAAGGUUGAAUUUUGCAUCCGUUAUGAGACAUCGGUGGGAAUAUUUUGGGCAAACAAUGACAAUCGCAAUUAUAUUUUGAUCUGCCACAAAAAGGAAACUGCGCCACCAGCAGAAGAGAAUAAAGCCCAGGGAGAAGUUACAGAUAAAGUCCAGGAAGGUGUUACAGACAAAUCUAUCAAAGGCUGCUUAAAGACAAUACCAAGCAGUAAAGAAGAAAUAUUGCCAACGGCUGAUGAAGACAUAUGGAAUAAUUCCAGGAGUUCAGAGUCAGACAUCCCCAAAAUUCUUUAUUCACACGUGGAUGAUAAUGAAAUUCAACAACUUAAGGAAAAUGUAAGCAGUAAAGAUGUGGAACGUAAUGAAGAUGAUAAUGAAGAUAAUGAAAAAGAAUUAGAGUUGUUGCUAAGUCAGCACUUCACUAGAGCCAAGGAUGAAAGGAAAUUAUACACAACCGAGCCAGUUAGAUUUCCAAAUGAACCAAAAGAACUGGGGGGCAAGAUAGACUCUGGCUUGCUUAGGCAACCUCUGCCGAUAAGUUCAUCCGAACGUGCUUUGCAAGACAAAGGUCUGCACAAUAACCAAACAGGAAAUGAUUUUUGCAUGUUACCCGCAGAAAAAUUGACUGCACUGGACUCGGUAAACAAUAGGGCCCAGUCUUCAGAAAGCUUUAGUACCAUUGAAACCCUUUCAUUACUGGAGCACAGGUCUGGAACGAAAGAAAAGGAGGCCGACCAUUUUACAGAUGUUAUCUCAAGUAAACAUGGGGUGUGUCCUGCAGAUGUUCAAAAGAAUGAAUCUGAAGAUGCCUCAGGAAGCAAAACAACGGACAGUUUGUUAAUCAGAGAGGAUAAUUACGAUCACCACAGAAAGGCAUGGGAAACAAGGCCCAAAAUAGUUCCCUUUGAGUAUGAUGAAGCCAUCCAGUUAAAAGAGGAAGUAUUGGAAAGAGUGGAUGACAAGGUCAAGCCAUUUCUAGGGCAACAUAUGCAAGAAACAUCUUCCCAAACUCUUCAAUCAGUUUUAGAAAACAUUGACAAAAAUGAAUCCAAAAUUGAGAGAUAUGGGAGCAAGAAGGUAUAUUUAAGAGGAGAAUUUAAUACCUUAGCUGAAGCUGAUGUCACACCAAGGUCUUUCACAAGUUCACAAACCAAAGAUGACAUUGUAGAAGAAAAAUAUAAGUCUGAGUAUAAUCUCGAUAAGGUGAAAGAAAUAAAGUUGAGCAUUUUAGAGCAAUCUUCAGAAGAGGCACAAGCAUGCCCUACUAACAGGCAUGGAAAAGAUUCCACUGAAAUACAAAAUCAACAACCAUUGUUGUUCACACCAAGUAACAACGAAGGCAGUACAAUAGAGAAGUUUUCUCAAACAGAAAUGAUAAGUCCUGGUGUGUUAGAUGUAGCAAAAGAUGAGGAAUUACAUGAGUCCAUAGAUUUAUCAUGGCUAAAUGCUGGAGAAAUCUUGGGCAAAAGAAAUAAGCAGGAAAGCACAACUUCUGUUGUAGCCGAAUUAAGUCAAAAUUUAAAGGGAGCAGAGAGUAGUUACCCAGAAGACAUCCAGACUACACGUGGGAUUUGCUUGAGCUACCCAAAUUUGGUACAGGCAGCUGAUGAAAGUAUACCCACAUAUUCUGCAUCAACAAAUGUUGAAGAUGUGUUUGAUGCUGGAGGAAAUUUAGAAGAAGGGAAGCACAGUCAGGGCUAUGACCUAGCAAACAGAAAGAUGUUGCAGGCAGAGCUGUGCCAAAGUGAUCCUGGCAGGUUAACUGAUGAUGAUCAGAGCAGCAGGGCCACAUGGGGGAAUCAAAGUUGGAAAGACUUAGGAAGUCAAUUGGCAGAAAAAGAAAGCGAAGCCAAUGAAGGAGUGCAGGUGGAAGAGCUAACAGGUGGCGAAGCUAUAUGGGGAAUUAAAGACGAUACAAGAUGUUUGGAUGUAACUCCCACAGAUGAAUUGUUUACCUGCCAAGACCCGGUGAGAUAUGAAGAGUCUUAUGUAGCGGAGCAUGAUAGUAUAAGGGAAGCAGAGGCAGUUACAGCCUCUUAUAUAAUUAAAAUGACAUCAGAAAGCACUCCAAAAAAAAUGUCUGCUGGUGAAAAAGCAGUAAUUGUUAAGCUACCUCAAGAGACUGCACUAAGUGACAGGUCCACAGAGGAAAAGGAAGCAGUGUUUGAUAUACAUGAAGGGAGAAGUGAUGGUUCACAUUAUCCUCUUUGUCAAUGCAAUACAGUGGGUGUAUUAUAUGACACCAAAUUUGAAGAGGAAUCAGUUUCAGAUAUUUAUAAUGCACGCAUACAUGAAACGGUGCACGGAGAAAUGAUGUCAGUACGCAGUGCAAGCGAAAAGCUUGGUGGAGCAGAACAUUCACCACCAGAUGAAAUAUUAUGGACUUCUGCUGCAGAAGUAAAAGCCAUUUCAGAGCAGGAUUUAUAUCCUGAAACAUCUCCGAAAGCUUUGCAGGGCCUACCGCAAGGCCUAUGCAACGAAGAGGCUGAAGAGGCAAGUGUCUGGAGAACACUUCCUCAUGACGGUGCUAAAGCAGAAAGCAAAAUUUCACCUUCUGAGGUCAUUGUUGCUGGCAGCUAUUAUGAAAGUUCAUCUGUGACAUCUUCGGAAGAGUCCAGGGGAGCUCUUUCUGCUGAGGGGGGGCAAGAGUUGCAUCCAGACACAGAAGCUUCAGUCGAUAUUGCAGCUGACUCAGCAUGCGGCUUCACCCCAACUGGUGAAACAGCUCCCAUGAUUCCAAAUAUUUCUUUGGAGACUGAACUCCAAGAACUUCCUGAGAGUUCAGCAGUGCUGCCUUCUAGUGAGAAAGGAGAAAGAAGCACAGGUCAGUUUCCCCAUCAGACAGAGCUCAAACAGGAAAAGCUAUUAGGGCCAACCAUUUUAAUUAGUGAACCCCUAGAAGAAAGAGAAGAGAGAAUCUCAGAGUCUGAAGGUUUGAUAACGGAAGAAACAUUGAACACUGACGGGCUUGGCAACCAGUUUGUUUUUGGUCACACAGCAAUUUCUGGCCAGCAAAGUGAGGCUUAUAGCUUACCAUCUGAGUGUCUCGUUUUAAAGCACAUUGGUUACAAAAUACUUUAUUUCCUCUUGUUCGUUGUGUUUUGCGUCACUUUGUACCACUACGAUUUAAUUGUUUGCUUUGCACUCUACUUCUUUUCAUUGUAUUGGCUAUACUGUGAGGGCAGGAGGGGCGAGGAAUCGGUCAAAAAAGAGUAGUAUAAAGCUUCCAAAUGUCUACAUGAAGCACUUAACAUUUAAUAUCAGUAUAUCCCAAAGGACAGCCAUGUCCACACAGAACCAACUCAAGA